AUGAUAUCAGUAGAUACACGCUGGACCUUCUUCCAAGCUCCUUUGGAAGUCGAAGAUGCCUUCGGAGUCAGAUUCCCCAUCCCAACCGAGUACGACUACGGCUUGAUUGAUACAGUCAUUCGCUACCGGUUCAAAAUUGGUGGAGGAGCUAUGGAGGUGAGCGCGGGGAACUACGAACUGUGUAGGAAACAGAACCGUUUUGACAUCAUCAACGAGUCCUCACGUUUACAGCCUGGGACGGCUAUUACGAUGUUCAUCAUCAUAAGCAUGCGGAUCGACAAGGAGGCAGUAUGGCCUAUGCCUCGUUGUGAGUCCGCAGAGGUUAUCCCGUCCCCUGGGGGCGGGUCUGUAUGCUCGAACCGUGAUGUGGAAUACUAUCAGGCCAACGGCAUGUCAGCCAACAUCGAGGAAACCCUCAGCAACAACACGAAGUCAUUCCCCUUGAAACAGCUUGUGUAUACCAGCGAUCAACCAUCCAACCUUGUCUCUUACAACAUUCUGGAGCGAACCACACGACGAAACGUCCGAUACGAUCCGUUUGGAAACUACCCUUCACCCUACAUUCCAGUUAUUGAAGCUAUCGCUAAGAUGGAAGGUGUUAUAUCCUGUGCUAGCGUCUCUAUAGGAGGCGUUGUGGAUGGUAGGUUCUUUGCGACGGUUCAAAUGGAGCUUGAGCAUGACAUCAAAGAUAAACCACCGCGUUGUGUGGAGGUCGGACGCUUGCUUUCCAAGUGCCUCGACCCAUGGGGAAUUGAUUCGUGCAGUGUUCAUUGCCACGUUGAUGGCAAACAUAUCGACAAUGGGGCAAGACAGAGGUAG